GAAUCUUUACUUUUGUCAAUGUUUCGAAUUUUAGAACGAUGAUCGCGUGAAUGAACGGUAUACAUUUUUUUCACAUCCAUGCAUAGAAUACGUUACAUUUAAGUGAAUUUUUGUUUUGUGAAAGAAAAAGAAUUUAUAAAACACUUUAACCAAGUCAAGUCUUUUAUCAUUUGGAUAACGAUGAAACGAAAAAAAUUGUCAAUAUUUCGUCUAUUACAAGAACGUGAAUUAGGCAACUAUCACCAAAGUCCAUGGCUAUUUCAGGAACAUGUGCAAAAAUCAUUGAUUCGAAUGCCUGGUCAUUACAAAUUCAGCAAAAAACAACAAUAUUACAGUUUGAUUGUGGUUGAUGAUUUAUCCAUUUAUUCCAAUCGAAUGGCUGAACGUUAUACAUUAACAAAAAACCCUAAUAAUAAUGAUAUUCAACUGCAACCACUUUAUCCGUCAACAACGACAACACAACAAUCAUUUCCAUAUAAACGUUUUUUGGAUUAUAUCCUCAUCACUUCAUUGUUAUGGUCCUGUGAUAAAGUACCGUUACCGAAACAAGAUUUUCUUGAUGGUUUUUAUUGUCUUGUAUUGAAAAGAAUACCUGAAUUGAAUACAAUGUCCACCAUUCUUUAUAUACAAUCACAUCGUACAGGUGAAAUUCUUCAAUCAUUACCAUUAACUAUUGAUUCCAAUCGUCAACACAAUUUUCGUGAACUUGAAUAUGAUUUCAAUAAUCAACAAUUAAUUAUUCAUACACGAAGUACUCAAAUUCUUUCAAAGCGUUUAUUGUCAACAACACAGACCAUUAUAACAUUUUCAUUGAUAAUUUUCAAAUUAUUUCCAUUUCGAUUACGUACAUUUAUCGAUUUUACACGAAAAGCAACUGGCCAUAUAACCAAAUGGAUGAUUUCCAUACAAAAUAAUCUACUUAUGUUCAUUACGGCCAAAAACACUUUUUCCAUAUAUGAUUUGGAUGAAAUUCUUAAACUUAACGGCUAUGAUCCUUCAACAUUAAUGAAUAUAGAUUAUCAACAACAGCAAUUUCUAAAACCAAAUUGCUGUGUUCAACAAAUGCCAACAUGUUUAUAUCGGUUCAAAUGUGAUCAUAUUGAAUUCAUACCGCCGAUACCAUGGUUAUUUUUUGCACAAAUACAAAGAUCUGGAUUUUCAUGUUACUAUGUUUAUGAAUUUCCGAAAACCGGAGAACAUUACCGAGGUUAUCGUCAAUAUCUUUUUGAUGAUAGUCCUAGUCUAAAUGCCGAACUAUUUGAACAACAAAUUUAUUUUGAUGGAAUACAACGAUUAAUUUAUUAUGUAACAAGUGGUUAUCUGGCCAUUUAUCGUCAUCAUCCACAUGAUAUUCAGCGUAUUUAUGUUGUUCCAAAAGAGAUUGACAUGGAAAAAAUACAAAAGAUAAAGGUAUCCGAAUUACGAAUGAACAAUUAUAAUGAUAAUUUCGAACAAACAGAAUCCUCAUCAUCAUCACUAUCUAUAAUUAUGUCCGAUUAUCUGGAUCAAUUGGACACAAUGUUAUUGUUGACAAUUGAUGUAAAUCAUUCAAAUAGUAUGCAGCUACAUAUCGUCAAUGAUUUAUCAUCGUCAACAAUAACAACAAUAAAAACCAGUCAAAUUCGUCAUAUAGAAUUGAAGGAAAUUGAAUAUUUUGAAGAUCAUGAAUACAAAAUACAUUGGCGAAAUAAUUUUUUAAUAAUGAUCAGUGAACGACGACAAUAUACACAAUGUUUAUAUGUUUAUCAAUUUGAAUCAGAUUCAAUAAUCAAUCAAUAAAAUCUUCCCCAUUAUCAAAAUAUGAA